UUUUAGGAACCUCACUGUUACAAUUGCUAAAAUCGGCCCUGGAGACAAGUGAUGUACAAUAAAGUUAGAGAGGGUUUCUAAUUAAAAGUUGCUAACAGCAGCCAGUUAGCAACCAUAGAACAAAGGGAUAAGAAAAUAAAUCAUUUCACUUGUGGCGCUAUCGAAGGACCGUAAUUGGGCCGUAAUAAAACCCCGUGAGGUGUCUCUGAAUCGCAAUAAGGAGAAUGAAAUAGAAAUAUUACAGCCAUGCAUAAUUCUAACUAAAUAAUUAUGUCCAUCUUCAAGGAAAAUUAAUUUUCAUCGCUCUUAUACAUUAUUAUUAAAUAAAUUCUACAAAAACUUAUAAGAACUAUGAAGCCUAUUCUAUUCAAUGAAAAUGAUUCUGUACUUCUAGUAGGAGAAGGUAAUUUCUCAUUCUCCGUUGCAUUGCUUCAACUCAAUUUAAAAAUUAAUAUUACCGCCACAUGUUAUGAGACCAAUAUAUAUCAAGAUUAUAGAAAGAAAAACAUAGAAUAUUUAAUAAAUAAUGGAGUUCAUGUUCUAUUAGGUGUUGAUGCAACAAAUUUGAAAGAACAUUCAAUAUUGAAAACGAAAUUAUUUGACAAAACUAUCUUUAAUUUUCCUCAUGUUGGUGGUAAAAUGCGAAUUGAAAAGAAUAGAGUGUUAUUGAGAGAAUUUUUUAUAAAUGCGACAAAAUUGUUAAAAAAUAAUGGGCAGAUAUUAGUUACUCUGUGCAAUGGUCAAGGUGGUACUCUCUUUGACAAUCCGUUAAGACGAUGGGAUGAUUCGUGGAAAAUUACAGAAAUGGCAGCACAUGGAAAUUGUGUAUUGAGCAAAAUUGAACCAUUCGAAUGGUUGUUAUUUCAAAAUUACAUAGUAACUGGAUACCGUAGUUUAGAUAAACAAUUUCAUUCUGCUGGUGCUUUAACUCAUAUAUUUGUUAAAUCUGAAUCUCCAAAUGCACUAAACAUUGCUCCUGAAACCAAAAUAAAUAUUUCUCCAUAUGAUAAUUAUAAUCUUUCAUGGAAAGAUAUAGAUCAAAUAUUAUAUGCAUCAAACAUAAAUACUACAAACUUAUGCGCACAUACAUACACAUUUGAUAUAACUUUUAGUGUUAAAAAAGAAUUCAAUCAUAUUCAAUUUUAUGCAUUGUUACAUAAUUAUGCUGCUCGUAUUAUAAAUGAUGUUAAUUUCUUAGGAAUGUAUGUAUCUCCAUCACAAAAUAUUCAGAAAAGAACUUAUAGAAUAAAUUAUAAAUCAAAUUGUUUACCUUUAUAUCGAGAGAGAGUCAUUGAUAUACACCAGAAUUUAAUUGCAAAUAUUUUGGAAGAUAACUUAAAUGUGUCAGUUUCAAGAUGAUACUACUUUACAUACAGACUUAAAAUAUAAUUCAAUAUGCUUUAUUUUCGACAAAUUAGAAGUUUAAUAUUACUUAAUACUUUCUGGAAACAAGAUAUCAUGAAUACAGUUACUAUAAACGUGGAAAGAUGUAGGAGCAUAAACAAGAAUAUUUCUAAAUCAUUUUGUAUUUCUAAAUGGCUUCAACAGGAAGAAAGUGUUGCCAAACCAUUACGCGAUACAAAGCGAAAAUCGCAGGGGGAUACAAACAUAACUUUUAUUGAUAUGAAGCAAGUAAAAACUAUUGGAGGAAAGGGUGGAGAUGGAGCGAUAUCAUUUUUACAAUUAUGGGCAAACGAAAAUGGUGGACCUGAUGGUGGAGAUGGUGGACAUGGUGGUCAUGUAAUUUUUGAGGUAUCAUCAAAUGUUACGGAUUUUUCAAAUAUGCAAAGCGUUCUUAAGGCUGAAGAUGGAGAGCAAGGAUAUAGUAAAGACUGCUUUGGAAAAAAUGCUAAGCAUACUAUUGUACCUGUUCCUGCAGGCACCAUAAUACGUAACAUAGAUGGAACAAUAGUAGCUGACCUAGAUAAUGAAGGAACAAUGUUUAUUGCUGCACGAGGUGGUGCAGGUGGUCAUGGCAAUUCAUACUUUAAGUCUGACUUGCAGCAAACACCAUAUAUAAGCGAGUAUGGUGCACAGGGAGAAGAAUUACAAUAUAUAUUAGAAUUAAGAAGUAUGGCACAUAUUGGACUGAUUGGCCUUCCGAAUGCAGGUAAAAGUACGUUAUUAAGAGCUAUAUCUAGAGCCAGGCCAAAAGUAGCACCAUAUCCAUUUACUACAUUGAAACCACAUCUGGGUAUGGUAUUAUACGAUGAUUAUGAACAAAUUGCAGUGGCCGAUUUGCCUGGACUUAUAUCCGACUCUCAUAAAAACAAAGGACUUGGUAUACAAUUUCUGAAACAUGUAGAACGUUGCAAAAUUUUAUUAUUUAUACUGGAUCUUACUUCUGACGAACCAUGGGUAGACUUUGAAACUCUAAUGUAUGAAAUAACACAAUUCAAUGUAAAGUUGAACGAAAGGUCGCUUCUUAUUGCUGCAAAUAAGAUAGAUUUACCACAAGCAGCGGAAAAUUUAGAAAUGCUUAGACAAAAAAUGGAUAUACCAAUUAUUCCAAUAUCUGCUAAAAUGGGUACAAAUAUAGCCAAUUUGUUAAAGGAAGUAAGAAUUUUAUAUGAUAAAGCAAACGAAAACUGUGCACAGGAGAAUAUCUUAGGACACAAAGAUGAUAUUAAUUAAUUGUAAUAUGUAUUUGCAGUAAUAGUUUGUUAAUAAAAACAAUUGUAAAAA